AUGUGUCCCUGGCUCAAUCAUGAUGAUGACCUGAAAGCCGAUGUCACCCACAGCGAGGCCAAGAAACUCAAGGCCACAGGUGUUGACGUCAUCAGUGUGGGUGUCGGCAAACACGCGGACUUCAAAGAGCUGAAGGAUAUCGCCAGCAAUGACCACCUGGUGUUCCGGCCCAAGUCCUUCGGAGAGCUGGAGAAGAUCCGCAAGGAGCUCACUACAAAGGCCUGUCAGACGGCACAGGCGCCUACUACCAUCAACCGUCCACUAACCGUCUCUCUGUCUGUCCCACGCACCUUCUACCUCGGUGUGUCCUGUAAUAUGUCCACUAACACCAUCUCCCUCUCCCCAGGCGCUUUCUAUCUCGGAGUGGACGAUGCCCAGUUCUCCGCCAUCUUGUUUGGCUCCCAGGUCUCCCAGCUGUUCUCCUUCGGCCAGUACACCGAGCUGGACAAGAUCUCCGCUGCCCUCCACGGAGCCCAGUACUCACAGGGCGGCUCAUGUGGCAUGGCCGGAGCCUUCCAGUACGCCUGGCAGACUAGCUUCACCACAGCCUCGGGCGCCCGGCCAGAUGUACCCCGGGUGGUCAUUCUACUCACAGACUCACAGGCGGAGAAUG